CACAGAACAGCGACUGGUACAUGCCGAGGUCGACAGUACCCAAGAAAGUGAUUCUGUCGAAAUAGCUAUCAGACUACAAUCAUGGACCGCAAGAAGUCUGGGACUAUUGAGUCCUUCUUCAAACCAAAAGCCAAGACUCAGACCCUUCCAAGCGCAAGAACCAACAGACCUACCGCAGCAGCGACCUCUCAAUGCAGGAUGUCAAGUGUGGGUGGCAUCGAUAAGCAUCCUGCACAGCCCGGGGGUGGUGCGAAGAAUAGUGCCCUAGCCAAUAGCAGCGGUACUGUGAAGUUCGGUACCAGCAUGUGCAGGGUGAACGGUGGUGCUAAACCCAGCCUACUAAAUAUGGUCAGCAAGAACGGUGGUGCUAAACCCAGCCUACUAAAUAUGGUCAGCAAGAACGGUGGUGGAGUAGACAAGGGGACACACGGUGUACAAAGCGCCACAUGCUGUGAUAACGGACAGGCGGCAAGGAAAGCUGCCGCGAUUGCCCGACGUACAGCAAUCGAUGCAACCCCAAGUAGCCCAGCCACCAAACGGGACAGUUCGGUCCCAAUCGUCGAGGCAACAAGUUAA